AUGGAGGAACAUGAGAACACCACAACCUCCAAUAUCUCCUACACAGACUUCUUCCUGGUGGGCUUUCCUGGGCUGUGGGAAUGGCGUUCCCUCUUGGUUCUUCCCCUUUCCUUCCUCUAUGCCUUGAUUCUGUCUGCCAAUGCCUUGGUCAUCUGCACUGUGGCCAUCCAUCGAAGCCUGCACCAGCCCAUGUACAUGCUCAUUUCUUUGCUCCUGGCUGUCAACAUUUGUGCUGCCAGUGCCGUGGUGCCCCAGAUGCUGUCAGGCUUUGUACACUAUGCAAACGCCAUCUCACUGGAGGCAUGCCUUGCUCAGAUGUUCUUCAUCUACUUCACCCUUCUCCUAGACUACAACCUCUUGCUGGCUAUGGCUCUGGACUGCUAUGUCGCCAUCUGCCACCCACUCCGCUAUGUAGACCUGGUGACACCACAUUUGUUGGGCUUGCUGGCUGUGGUUGCCCUGAUCCGCAGCUUGGCUGUGGCAGUGCCCCUGGUGGUGCUGACUUCCCGAGCACACUUCUGUAGGACAGCGGUGAUCCGCCAUUUUGCCUGUGAGUAUAUUGCCCUGCUGAGCAUUGCGUGUGGGGACAUAACCUUCAACAACCGGCUGGGGUUGGCUAUGAGGCUGAUCACAGUGACCUUCAAUCUGUCCUUGCUGGGGGCCUCUUACACCCGAAUCAUAUAUGUUGCCUUCCAGAUUUCCUCAGGCAAUGCCCGAGCCAAGGCUCUCCACACAUGUGGCUCUCACCUCUUGGUCAUCUUCACCAUCUACCUCUCUGGCCUCUCCACAUCGAUUGUCUUUCGGUUUGCUAAGUCUGUGUCUCAGGAUGUGCAGAACUUGCUCAGUGCCAUCUACCUGCUUCUCCCAGGAGCCCUAAAUCCCAUCAUCUAUGGGGUGAGGACCAAGGAGAUCCAGCAGCAUGUAGAGAGAUUGCUUUGGAGAAGGAAGUCAGGACUGGUGAUGGGGGACCAGUCAAAGAGGCUACAAAAUCCCUAA